CACUUUCCCCCGUAAACGGCCUGUUUCUUCUUCCUCUCUCUCUCUCUCUCUCCUCUCUCUCUCUCCAAAAAAAAGAAAAAUAAAACAAGAAAAAGAAAAAACCCUCAUCUUCUCCAACAACAACUACAAUGCCCUCCUCCUCUUCCUCCUCUCUCCCCUUCCUCGUCCUCCUCCUCCUCCUCUCCGCCGCCGCCUCCGCGCCGGCGGCGGCGGCGGCGCCGCCCCCGUCGAAUGGGUCGACGGUGUACGACCUCCUGCCGGAGUUCGGGCUUCCGCCGGGGCUCCUCCCCGACAGCGUCACGUCCUUCUCGCUCGCCUCGGACGGGAGCUUCGUCGUCGACCUCGCCGGGCCCUGCUACGUGGACUUCGAGUACCUGGUCUACUACGAGCCCCGCGUCACCGGCGUGGUCAAGUACGGGGGGAUCGGGAGCUUGAAGGGGAUCCAGGUGCGGCGCUUCCUCAUCUGGUUCGACGUCGAUGCCAUCAAGGUCGACCUCCCCCCCUCCGACUACAUCUACUUCGAGGUCGGCUGGAUCACCAGGAAGCUCCGCGUCGACCAGUUCGAGACCGUCCACUCCUGCCGCUCCAAUCGCUCCCUCCUCCUCCUCGACCGAGCCAUCGCCGCCGCCGCGGAGUGGAUUAGGAGCAUUUUCACUCAAUUUUAGUGAAUGGAGAAGUCUAGAAGAUAUGCAUAUGUGGAUACCCGGCAAAAGUUUCCAAAUCCUUGUUAGAACGAUAUGCAUGCUGGUAACCGAAUAGACGGAGCUAAAAAACCAGUCGAUGAGAUACGGCAAGUAUUUUAGAGCAAUGUACAAUGUAUCCUUUGUAGUUUCUUUACUAGAUUACUAGCCAUUGUUGUUGUAAUAUCUCGAUACACUGAUACGCAUCAAGUAUUAUUACCACGCAAACGAUCUUAUGGAACUGUUUGAACUGUUACCAUCAAUUUUAUUGUUGAACGAGUUAUUUCAUCA